UAUGUUUUCAGACGUGUUCAUAUCGAAUACAACUUACACUAUGCGAGACUAUGAAGUCAUACGUGUGUCUUCUCCUAACUACCCUAAAAACUACAAUAAUCUCGAGAACUUUCUGUGGCAUGUAAGAUAUGUCCAUCGGAGCGCGUUAUUCAUAACGUUAGAGACUUUGAGACUGCACUCAAUUCGUGAUUGCGUUCGCAUCUACACGGGGAUCUCAGACGUAUUUGAAGAGAGUACGCUGAUAUUCCACCUGACAUAUAACCUUCCUGGUGAUUUGCUUUAUCAUUAUUGGUCUGUCCAUCCUAAUAUGUGGCUGCAGUUCUCAACCGAUGCGCUUGGUACCGAUAAGGGUUUCUCCAUCCUGAUAGGUUCUUUAUAUGGAGGUUGUAGUGAGUUUGCUUUCCAGUGCACGAACGGACUAUGUAUUUACGGGUCUGCUGUAUGUGAUGGAUUUAGCGACUGUGUAGAUUCAUCUGAUGAGUAUUGCACACCAAGAAACGGAUCCUGUUCAGACAGCUGCUGUGUAAACUCCGAGUAUUCUUGUAAUCCUGAGGGUUGCUACUGUGACAGCAUUUGUGUGGAUAAUGGAAACUGUUGUGACGACUACUCCGACGUUUGUCCCACCACCGGGAAUGGAACUGCACAGCCUCCAAAACAGUUUACUACGCCCUCAUUGAUUGUUAAUACUACUGAAUGUGAGUUUCCUGCGGCUCCAGUGCACGGGAGGUUACUAGAUGGUGCCAGACAGCAAGCUCGAGAUAUCUUUCAAUCUGGUGCAACGGUUUCAUUCGAAUGUGAUUAUGACUACCGCUUGGUGGGAUCUAAGGAAAUUACAUGCGAAAAGGGUCAAUGGUCUGAUGAUCCUCCCGUAUGUACAGGCGGUAAUGCAUGCCGUGACACUGAUUGUCUCAAUGAUGGAGUCUGCUGGAACCGACGCACAACAGGAUCGUUUUUCUGCCGCUGCUUACCUGAUACCUCGGGAGAUCAAUGCGAAAAUACUGCUGAAUGCGAAGUCCCUGCGGCUCCAGAGCACGGGAGGUUACUAGUUGGUCCAAGAAAGCUGCCCCGAUAUAUAUUUACAGCCGGUCCAACGGUUUCAUUCGAAUGUGAAGAUGAUUACCGCUUGGUGGGAUCUAGGAACAUCACAUGUGAAAAGGGUCAAUGGUCGGAUGAUCCUCCCGUAUGUACAGGAUAAUUUGAUCGAACAUUCCUCUUGGAUGCAGCAGCAAUGAUGAGUCACGACAUGCUUCAAAUCUGAUGUAAAACAGAUAUAUACUUUACGGCUAUACGAAAUAGAUUAUUAUAAAUGGUACAUCUUUCAAGUAAAAUCAUUUAAUUAAGAUUAUAUAGGACUACAGUCUUCUCGAUCGCUAGUCUUCUUGACCUAUAUACAGUUUUUUUUGGUUUCAUGACCCUUUUUAUACCUGAGAGUUUUCAAGACCGAUAGCCCACGAGACCAAAUGAUUUGCUCUCGCAAACCUACUUUUUUUCUUAGCAUCAUUUUUUUAUGUAAACAUUUAUUCAUUUUUAUAU